CGGGCCGGGCCGGACAGCGCAGGGCCAUGGCCGAGGCGGUGAGGGCGGCCCGCGCACGUACGGACGCGCGGACUCGGGGCCCCGGGGACGGCCUGCGUGUCCCGGGCUCGGCGGCCCGGCCUGGGGUCUCGGUCCAGCAGCUGGACAUGGAGACCCAGCGCUCAUCGCCUCUGUCAUUCCCCAAUAUUCUGCCAGAAGAAACCCUGCGACAGGCCCCUGCUGGACUCCCCCAAGAAACUCUGUUCCAGUCUCGUGUUCUUCCCCCCAAGGAAAUUCCUUCUCUGUCUCCCACCAUUUCCCGGCAAGGCUCCCUACCCCACACUCCCAAGCAAGAGACCCCCAGCCGGAUGCCACACAUGCUGCAGAAGGGACCCUCACUCCUGUACCCUGCCGCCUCUGAGCAAGAGACACAGCUCCAGGGCCCCCUGGCUUCCCAGGAAGAGACCCAGUAUCCACCCCCAGCUGCUGCUGAACAAGAAAUCUCACUUCUCUCUCACUCCACCCCCCACCAAGAAGCCCCACUCCACUCCCCUGAAGUUCCUGAGAAAGACCCCCUCACCCUCUCCCCCACCGUUCCCGAGACUGACAUGGACCCUCUGCUCCAGAGCCCAGUUUCUCAAAAGGACACCCCCUUCCAGAUCUCUUCUGCAGCCCAGAAAGACACGCCACUCCCGACAGCGGAGAUCACCCGCUUGGCCGUGUGGGCUGCCGUCCAAGCGGUGGAGAGGAAACUGGAGGCCCAGGCCAUGCGGCUGCUGACGCUGGAGGGACGGACGGGGACAAAUGAGAAAAAGAUAGCCGACUGCGAGAAGACGGCCGUGGAGUUCGCAAACCAUCUGGAGAGCAAAUGGGUUGUGCUGGGGACCCUGCUGCAGGAGUACGGGCUGCUGCAGAGGCGGCUGGAGAACAUGGAGAACCUGCUGAAAAACAGAAAUUUCUGGAUCCUGCGGCUGCCCCCAGGCAGCAAUGGAGAAGUUCCCAAGGUCCCUGUCACAUUCGAUGAUGUCGCCGUCCACUUCUCGGAGCAGGAGUGGGGGAACCUGUCCGAGUGGCAGAAGGAGCUCUACAAGAACGUGAUGAGAGGCAACUACGAGUCGCUGGUCUCCAUGGACUAUGCAAUUUCCAAACCAGACCUCAUGUCACAGAUGGAGCGCGGGGAAAGGCCGACCAUGCAGGAGCAGGAAGACUCUGAGGAGGGCGAGACGCCUGCAGACCCCAGUGCUGCCCAUGACGGGAUCGUGAUUAAGAUCGAGGUGCAGACCAACGAUGAGGGCUCGGAGAGCUUGGAGACGCCAGAGCCCCUGAUGGGACAGGUGGAAGAACAUGGCUUCCAGGACUCGGAGCUGGGUGACCCGUGUGGAGAGCAGCCAGACCUGGACAUGCAGGAGCCGGAAAACACGCUGGAGGAGUCCACAGAAGGUUCCAGUGAGUUCAGCGAGCUCAAGCAGAUGCUGGUACAGCAGAGACACUGCACAGAGGGGAUCGUGAUCAAAACCGAGGAACAGGAGGAGGAGGAAGAAGAGGAGGACGACGACGAGCUGCCACAGCACUUGCAGGCCCUCGGGCAGCUGUCGGGGAGGUACGAGGCCAGCAUGUACCAGACCCCGCUGCCAGGGGAGCUGUCCCCCGAGGGCGAGGAGAGUCCCCCGCCCCUGCAGCUGGGAAACCCGGCAGUGAAGAGGCUGGCGCCCGUGUCCCACGGCGACCGGCACCUGAGCGACAACCGGGGCUCCUCCAGCCAGCAGCAGCGGAACCGGCGCGGCGAGCGGCCCUUCACCUGCAUGGAGUGCGGCAAGAGCUUCCGGCUGAAGAUCAACCUCAUCAUCCACCAGCGCAACCACAUCAAGGAGGGGCCCUACGAGUGCGCCGAGUGCGACAUCAGCUUCCGGCACAAGCAGCAGCUCACGCUGCACCAGCGCAUCCACCGUGUUCGCGGCGGCUACGCGUCGCCAGAGCGCGGGCCCAGCUUCGCCCCCAAGCACGCGCUCAAGCCGCGCCCCAAGUCGCCCAGCUCGGGCAGCGGCGGCGGCCCCAAGCCCUACAAGUGCCCCGAGUGCGACAGCAGCUUCAGCCACAAGUCAAGCCUGACCAAGCACCAGAUCACGCACACGGGCGAGCGGCCCUACACGUGCCCCGAGUGCAAGAAGAGCUUCCGCCUGCACAUCAGCCUGGUCAUCCACCAGCGCGUGCACGCGGGCAAGCACGAGGUCUCCUUCAUUUGUAGCCUGUGCGGCAAGAGCUUCAGCCGCCCGUCGCACCUGCUGCGGCACCAGCGGACUCACACGGGCGAGCGGCCCUUCAAGUGCCCCGAGUGCGAGAAGAGCUUCAGCGAGAAGUCCAAGCUCACCAACCACUGCCGCGUGCACUCGCGGGAGCGCCCGCACGCCUGCCCCGAGUGCGGCAAGAGCUUCAUCCGCAAGCACCACCUGCUGGAGCACCGGCGCAUCCACACGGGCGAGCGGCCCUACCACUGCGCCGAGUGCGGCAAGCGCUUCACGCAGAAGCACCACCUGCUGGAGCACCAGCGGGCGCACACGGGCGAGCGGCCCUACCCCUGCACGCACUGCGCCAAGUGCUUCCGCUACAAGCAGUCGCUCAAGUACCACCUGCGGACCCACACGGGCGAGUGAGCGCGCGGCGCUGCCUGCCGGCCGAGGGCGCUGCCAGGCGUGGCCCAGCCCGCACCUGGGCAGUUGCCUGGCCGCCGCCCGAGGCCCCAAGCCCAGCCGGCGGGGCGGGGCACCCCUUAGCCCCUUUGCUGUGAGCCCCCCCCUUCAUCCCUCCUCCCAAGGACGUGGGGGUCCUGAGACCAGGUCGCUUGCUGCCGUGUUUACCUGGGGCCCCAGAGGGGAGAGGGCGGAUCUGGGAAACCCCUUCGGGCUGUUAAUUUCCUUGACAAUAAAAUGGAUGAAACCAAUCAGCACGGGGGGAGUGAUUUGGCUGCCGGCCACUCGGAGGGGCGGUGCAGGGCCACUUAGAUGGGGAUAGAACUUUAUAAUUACCUUUUGGAUACUGUGGUUCUAUUUGAUAAUAAUAGAGUAAUUUUUAAAAGACGAGCGUUUCCUGUUUGCCGUUUUUGUUUGGUUUUGAAGGGGAGGGGUUGAGAAGGUGGCCCAGUAACACGUGCCUAGUGUCAGGUGACAGGUUCUGUUGAGUCCCUUUUAAGUGCUCACUCCCUGUGUUGGGUGGUGAAGGGGACGCAGAUCCCAACGGUUUUAAAAUCGAAAAGAGAGAAAGGACUGAGGAGCUUGAAAUAGUGAAUGAGCCUAAGAAAGUGUAGAAGCUCCUGGCGUCCUGAAGUCCGAGGACAGUGGGAGAGACAGGCGGGAAGACAGACAGGUCUGGGCUGGGCUGGAAAGAGGGUCCUAUAGCAAAAGCUGGACCCGUCCUCAUCACCAAGCAGCCUUCCUGCCCACCUUGAAGUGUGGCUGGUGGAGGGGUGGCAUGACCGCUGCAGGGAGGUGUAGGGAAGGGGUGUGCAGACGCCCCUGGUGCCAAUCUUUGGGGAAACCACAAAAGGCACCAUUCCAAACAUUUUUCAUUCGUUAUUUGUAUGUUGCACCAAAGCUACGCUCUUUAGAUUUAUUAAAUGCACGAAUGCACCCAGCUUUGUUUCCCCAGGUAUUCAUUUCCAAUCUCCAUUCAGUGAUGCCUAGAGAAAAUGUGGGCAUAUUACGUUGCCCACAGAGUGACUGACUCUCGCUCUGCUCCUGGGCUUGGCAGUGGCCCAGAGAGAAUUCAGGCAAUUUGAAGGGACAAUUCUUGGAGGCUAGCAGAGUGCCCAGCUCAGCCAGAACUGGGGAGUCUGGACUUGUGCUGAAGGCAGAGACAGGCCUGAGAGAUAAGACCUGCUGAAGGCAGGCGGAAUAAGUCAUGUGUCUAGGGGUAGGGAGGAAGGGUGUGGGGAGGUUUGGAAAAAGGAAUUAGACGGUGGAGGUGCUACAUUAUUGACUGAAGGGACCACCGAGAUCACCAACCCCCUCCUCUCCCUAUAAAGAUGCAUAAACUGAGGCACAGAGAGGGGAAGUGAUUUGAAAGGCUAGGACUUCUCCGUUUACAUUGAACAUUUCUGAAAGGAUGGUAGGACCGCAGGGCAGGCAGCCAGAGGAGAGGGCAGACGGCUGAGCAGGUGUGAAGGGCUGGAGAGGCGGCCUGAUCUCCAGAAGCAGCUGGAGAGUAGAGUCACAGCCAGGAGCAGGGAAUUCCGCUGGUGUGCAGUAAACACUGAGUGCCAAGCACGUGAUGUGCUUCGCGUUCUGUGAGAGGAGCCUGGGGAAGUCAGGACAGCUUUUCCGUGGAUAUGAAAUCCAAGGCUGGGAGGAGUCCAUAGAUGAGAAAACUGAGGAAGGCCUUUGGUGGGGGUAUUCUUAAAAGUGGAAGUGUGGAAAGUGGGGAGCAGUGAUUGAUUCUGGAGAGGGCUUGUGGAGGGAAAACACCGUCAAAGAUUGGCUUGGCAUAGACUGGUGAUGUAGAUGGAGACGUGGAUCUAAGACUUCAAGACUGGAGUUUGCAUUUGAUCUUGUAUGAGAAACCAUCGACGAUGGCUGAGCAGGAGAGAGAACUAUUGCAAAUAGGUAGCAGGAGACUGAAGCUGACGGAGAAGGAAACCUUCCGUAGUCAGACAUGGGAGAACCAGCCGUAUCCAACGGACAGGUCACAGGUGAUGGAACUGGUGGCUGGAGGUUGAAGGGCUGACCGAAGAAAUGGCUCUUUUGAACUCCAGGGUAUUUGAAGCCUCCGAGAGCUGUGAGCAGAGAUAUUUUGGAGAUAUUUGGCGGAGGGCCAUUGCUGCACCCAUCUUGGCUAGUCCGGGGAUUUGAGGACCAAAGCGUGCUGAGAUAUUCCGACUUGAGCGGGAGACCACGGUGGUUUGGGGUGAAAUCCAAGGGAGAAACUCAGAGAGGAGCUUCAUGUGUUAUAGUUCGCAGGACAUCCCCAGGGCACUAACGGGAACCAUGCUGUGAGCUUUCUUUUCCUAGGCAUCUGGUUUCUAAAGGAUUCAAUAUAGUCAAAGACUGCUACUUCAUAUGCGGAGCUGAGCUGUCACCGGGUCUCUGUGCCCCGACUUCCCCUUCCUUGGCUCUAAACCCCCUCUUCACGCCUCUUCCUUCAAGGGGCCCAGCACCCUGUAAUCCCACCAUCCCAUCCCUCAUCCCUCGUCCCAACUCCUAGACACCAGCGUGAUUCUCUUUCCAUCUGCCCUAAACUCCAUAGUAGUCCAAAGCCAACAUUUACACAGGGUGGUAGACACACUCUGGAGUCCACAGAGGUGGAUUUAACCUUGCUGGUUGUGUGGCCUUGCACGAGCUAAUUCACAGAACACAAACUUCCUCAUCUGUUCAAUGGGGAUAAUGAAGUUCCCAUUGUUCUGAGGUUUAAAUAUCAUAAAGAAUAAAUACACACCAAAGACGCUGGUUCCUACUAAAGUCUCGAUAAAAGUUUGCUAAUUUCAUUAUUAGCUUCUAGCUAAUGAUGGCUUAACUUAGUAAAAACUGAAGUUCAGGUGGGUCAUGGGCUCGUGGUAUUUUUUGAAAAAACAAAUCUCUGACAAGGAAAUUUCCCCAGCAGGCAGAAAUGGAAAAUUAUUUUGGUGUGAGGAAGUGCAAAUCAAACCACACACUGCUCAUGAUGUCAGAUAGAUGGGUUUAAACUCACCUCUCAGCCACACGCCAGAGUUUGCAGUGGGUAGUACCCCUCCUUACUGGGUGCUUUCCUAGGGUGCCUUUAAUUAGAAAGCCAGACUUGCAAAUUCCUGACUUGAAAGUUUCCAUUGGCCCCCUGGAGUUGUGUACCAGAAAGAAUAAUUGCCAUUUAUUGAACGUGUCUUAUUUUUGAAGAUUGUGCAUACAUCACCUCAUAACUCUGCUGGAUGUAUCAUCUUACUCAUUUUAUAGGUGAAGAGCUUGAGAUUCAGAGAGGUUGAGUAGGUCCAAAGUCACACAGCAACCAAAUGGUAGAGCCAGGAUUUGAACUCAAGUCUUUUCGACUUCAAAGCCCACUUGCUUGGCCACAGAGUUCUUUCCUUGGGAACUGAAUGGUUAUUGAAAAAGGGAAAGCCAGUGCCUCUUUCAAAGUAUUCCAUUUUAUCCUCAGAUUUUAAAAUUUCAGACAAAAUUAGAGGAAACAGAAUAUAUCAAGCAGAACAUGCUCUGUGCCAUAUAUUUGCCAAAAUUAUUAAUGUCCUAAGAGAAUAAAAGAAUUUUAGAGGCAAAAAAGGCCUUAGUGUUGAGCCUCUCCUUUUACAGCUGGAGAAAUUAAGACAGAAAGAAGUGGGUUGUCUGUGCUCACUCACUCAGGUGGGGGGCAGCGAAUGGAGCGGGCCUGGGGUCUGGCACCUUAGGGGGUGCUCAUUGUCACACAGACCCCACCCAUUAUUAAGCACAACGUGUGUACAAAACACUGCUGGGCUCCAUGGAGAAACAAAAGGCUUAGAAAACCAUCCACUGCCUUGAUGGCACUUAGAAUCGGGUGGAGACUCUGUGGCCUGAUUCUCUAGAGUCAGCCUUUGGGGUUCUGGAAAGCUGAGAGCAUCACAGAGAACAGUAGGUGGUUAUCUUUGCAGAAAAAGGCAUACCUCCAUCUUUCCUGUCUCCCUCCUGUUAGUCAGGGUAGCUUUCUCUAGCCAGGUGUCUGUGGGGACCUUUCCUGAGGCCCCUCAGAUUAAGGGAUCAGGGAUGAGGUCUCUAGGCCCUACUGUUGCCAGGGCAACAGUGAGUCAGGCCAAGUCCUCUCCUCCAGCUUUCUGGAAAGCAUUUAGGCUGCUGAAGUCUCUUGCCGCUUCCCUAGCAUAGUGGGGACUUCUAGAUUUCAACUUUUUAAAAAAUCAAUUCUGCAUUUACCACUUCCAGUCGGGUUCCUUGAAAUGAGUUUUUUUUCUGUUAAAACAGAAUCUAACCCUUUUAUUUCUAUUUUCUACAAAAGGUAACUCCAGGCUAAACAAAUGUUUAAAAAAAAAAAAAGAAAUGAAG